GAAUGGGGAGUACUUAGGGGUAGGGGCUAUGGGUUCAUUUGGAAUUAGGCACAAGUCCCCCAUGAUGCCUAAAAUAGAUCAGUCCUGUAGAGCUGUUUUUCUGCACCCAGUUCCAUGUAAGCCCUGCUUGGACUGUCUAUGGAGAAGAGGCUUUAUAACUGACCUUGUCUACUCUCACACGGGGAUCGAAGCUGGAUUUUGGAUUUAUGCACGUUUGGGAUGUCAUUGUUAGGGGUCCAAGCAACAUAGUUGCUGUGGACCAAUUGCAUUUCUUUCUUCUUUUGUGUGGCCACUGGUGUGUGGCAUUCAGCGAGUAUUACAGCUGCUGCUGCUGCUGCUAGACUGUUAUCUUAUCAGACAUGUGACUCUGAGCUGCGAUGGAUCAGGGAGAUAAAUGUGUGUUAGGACCCUCGAGUGUCUGUUCAGUGUUCAGUGUGUUUCCUUCGUGCUCUGUAUUGUUGUUGUGUAAUGCAAGCCCUUCUCCUUGAGUUCUCUAUAGCAGGAGGUUGUUCAAUGUUUCUAGGAUCUAAGUUUAAAUCUGGGUUUCUCACAGUUAGUGGCUAACAUAUGCCUGUUUUUCUUCCUAUGACAAAUAGUUAUACAAUAUUAGCAUAAUUGGUCAAAUGUAUGACAUGAAUCUUUAAAAAAUGACACAGAUAUAUUUUGGCUAGAACCUAACACAGUUUUGAGAGACAGAAAAUAAGAUUGAUUUGUGAGAUAGAUGAGGUAACGCCCUUUAAUAUUAGUAAAUCAUAUUUUCUCCUCAGUAUGAUAAGUCAUCUCAGACCGUAUGUGAAUGUUGUGGUGCUGUGGAUCAGCGGGUGGUUGAAGUAUGCGUUAGAGAGGGUGUGGAGAAUGCCGUUCUCAGUGCCACACACCUGGGUGACAUCACCAGGCAACUCAGGUGAAGGACUGUAUGACAGGUUGUCAAAGGAGUGGCUAACCAAUGAGGUGUAUCGUACCUAUCACCAUGGAAGUGGAACAAUGGUUACAGUCCAGACCAGCACACAUGCCUUCUACGUGAACCUUGGUCGACUGACUGACUGUAGUGAGUACUUCAGAGCCCUGUCCCAGUCCAGUAUGAGAGAGACCACAGAGAGCCUGAUUGUCCUGGACCACAUUCCCUCCUCAGUCUUCCAUUCCCUCCUAGAAUUCUGCUUCCGGAAUGACUUCAGCGUUCCCCCGGAGGAGUUGGGAGAACACAUCCAAGUGGGCAGCUACCUGCUGGCUGAGGCCUUUGUGUCGCAGUGCCUGUUGGCCCUGUCUGGUGUUCUAACCCCAGACACCUGCCUGUCCUACCUGGCUCUGGCCCGGGACAUCAGCUGUACUGAGCUGGAGACGACUGUGUUCUCCUACCUCAGCAGACACCUUCUGGAGCUGUCUCACCUCACCAGGUGUUUGCCAGCUGAAGACAGGGCUGAACUGACCCGUCUGAGGUGGCAGGGUGAUCUCCGGCUCUGCUGCGUGAGGAAGGAGAACCUGACCUCCUGGAAUGACCUAGAAACAGAAGCCGCCCGCCACCUCUUCACCCUAGAUGGAUCAGAGGUCACUGGUGACUGGCGUCCACUAACAGAGCUCCCCUUCAUGUCUGAUAAGUGGUGCUUCACCACGGUGGUUCUACUCAACUACCUCUACCUCAUCGGUGGCUACAGGCAGCGGGCCAAGAGGGGCUGGGAGUUCAAAAUGGCCUCCUUUAGGAGGCAUUUCAGUGCGGUGUCAUGUGAUGGCUGUAUCUAUGCUGUGGGAGGCUGGUACUUGGACUCUUUGGUGACUCCUGACUCUAGCACAGCCCUCUACACUGCUGUGGAGCGAUACCACCCCAGGGACAACACAUGGACGUUUGUCUCCUCUCUGCCUUUGACUGACUUACAGUUCACCAUGUCCCUGUCCCAUGACCUCCCUCUGGCCACCAGCCUGGGCUCCCGUCUCUAUGUCCUGGGGAACAUCCAGAGGACUGGAGAAAAGCUGCUUCUACAGUAUGACACCAGGCAAGACGUAUGGUCUGAGCUGCUCCCUACCCUAACCAAAGCCAACGCUGACCUCCCCAGCCUCUACUUCCUGGGUGCCACGGACCGGCUGUUUGUUAUUGGAGGAAACAACUCAGAGAAUGUGGUGACAUCAUUCUGUGUGGAGUCUGGGAAGUGGGGGCAGGUGAAAGGGGCUGAGAAGGUAGCAUUAGCUGGACAGGGGACAGUGCUGGGUGACCAGGUGUACAUGCCAGGUAUAGAACACAACGCUGCUGUAAGGCUGGAUCUCCACUCCCUAUCUCUCACUGUCCUCCCUCCUCUACCCAUUUGCAUUCGCUAUGAAGCCCUCCUUCACCUUUCCUUCUAAAACAACUUUCAUCAAUUAGUCUGAUUUGACUUGCCUUGCUGUUUCUGGGGUUCAGGUCAGGGUUAGUGCUUCUGGACAAACGCAGACUCAUCAUCAAGGGGGUCUUUGCUACAUGUGGACACCAUUCUGUGUCAGCAACAAUAUGCCUUGUCCUGCUUUCAUUCUGCCUUACAUGACAAUUUUUAAAACUUAAGUAGGCCUAAUCUAAAGGAGAUAACUCACCGGACCGAUUGUUGGUCUGUACAGUAGGGGGCUUGCACGGUGUCCUCCGGCUUGUGUUCAGUUUGCAAAUUACAGCCAAGACUGUUCAGAGGUGCUAAGUACUCUCGCCAGCAGAUGCUAGACAAUCCUACCGGUCUGGCCGUCUUGACCCGGAGGAGGAUGGGCUCCCAAUCUAAUUUUCUUCUUAGUCAGGUUCCUUUUCAAGGUUUCCUAAGGAGUUUUUCCCAGUAACCACGUUUCCUUCCAGUUUUUAUGUGAGUGAAGUUAUAUCAUAUAAAUAAAUAAAAAUCACGAGAGCUGUGGUGGAAACAGGAAGUUUUGGUACAAUUGUAUAAAUGCCGACAGAUCAUUUGUGCGUUCGUCGUGGUGGGAUCUUUUUGUGUUGGUAAGAUUCAUUAUGGCGUUGCAGUGGAAACAACUUAAUGCGCAAGUAUUGAUAUAUUAUAACAAUAUCGAAGGUAACCUGGAGUCACGUGUGAUGAUAUGGUGUGUGGUCCUACUACUAAGACUUGGGAAAUCAUGCAGUUUAUUAGGAUGCAGAUGAAAUAAGUUAUGAUGAAUUUCACAAAAGUGUGCGGUGAUGAGUUUGAUGCGCCUUUCCAAUAAAUGUUGAGUGUGAAAUCAUGAUUGAUGCUUGACUGCCAUUUGACAAAUAAAGAAAUUCUGUCUCUUAUCCAUAAUAA